CCACCACAUCACCGUCGCCGUCCCUACCAAAUCUCAGGCCUGCAACUAUUCCUGGAGGGGCGUCACGCCCCUUCGAAUCUCAAACACUACGCUAAACUACAGCCAUGCAUUUCACAAUGGACAUUGGCCCACCACUUUCAACCCAAAAGACUGUUGAUGGACCAUCUAGCAAAGACUGGAGAGGUGGAAGAGCUGCUUCAUUCAACAUCAUCCCUAGCAGUACUGGAGCUGCUAAGGCUGUCGUCAAGUUCUCCCUGCAUUGAAUGGAAAACUGACCGGUAUGGCUUUUCGUGUUCCUACCGUUGAUGUCUCGGUAGUUGACCUUACAGUGAGGUUGGAGAAGGCAGCAUCUUAUGAAGAUAUUAAAGCUGCUAUCAAGGAGGAGUCUGAGGGAAAGUUAAAAGGAAUUCUGGGUUACACCGAAGACGAGGUGGUGUCCACUGAUUUUAUGGGUGACAACAGGUCAAGUAUUUUCGACGCCAAGGCCGGGAUUGCACUGAACAAAAACUACGUGAAGCUCGUGUCGUGGUACGACAACGAGUUAGGCUACAGGUACAAACAAAUCCAAAGGCUUUGCAUUACUGCAGUAAUCCUCCAGUUGCCGCUUUACCUUUCAUUUUCAGCAGUUAUUAUGAAAUAAAAAGAGCCCUUCUGUUCUUCCUCCUCAGUGAAGAUAUCUAUGUUUUCUGUGAUGUUUCCUCAAUGAUUAUUAUUAUUAUUAUGUUUGGAUUUUCUGGAGUUAAUUAAUAUAUCCAUUUUAUGUUA